AGUAUUAAAUAGUUCAAUGGCUAAAAACAUAGAGCAAAUUACAUUAACUAAUCUUCCAUAGCAUAUAACAUUAUUUUUAAUUGUUUUUUGGUUAAGGUAAGUUGUCAAUCCCCACUAGCUUUGUUCCCACGUACUAUGACCAAUCAAAAGGCUUGCUUCCCAAGCUGAUCUCUCACCCAGAAAACUCUAUAAAUAGAAACUCUUCUUCUUGUUCUUCAGCAUUUCCACUUGCCAUUUCUUAAUUUCUUUUACCUCACAAUCCUUUGUCCAAGAUGAAGAGAGAAGGCGUGCAGCAUGGGAUGGUCAGGACCUGCAGGAUCUUGCCUUCUCCAUGGAACCCCAAGCCCAACUCCAGAUUCAUCAACAGGUUUGACUCUCCCCCUACUGCCGGAUUGUUCGCCAAGGUCCAACCUCGCCCCACCAACCACUCCAAGUUCACCGGAAAAUGCACCAUGCCUCGCUGUAAUGGCUGUCACAUGCACCCUUGUUCCAAGUCCAAGGAUAAGACCAAAGGUACCCAGAAGCUUAAAUCUCUUGAUGUUGCUUCUAAUUAUAGAUUGAUGACUUGGAGGUUGGUGGAUGUUGGUCCUGGCUUGAAUUUUUCUGGGCUUUCUGCCACUGGGAUGUUGGAUCAUUUGACUAAUGGAGAUGACUAUGUAGAAGAUGAAAUUGAUCAUGGAGAUUUGGGGAAUUCGAUUUUGAGCUCAAGAGAGGAGGAGGAGGAGAAGGCAGCGCUUGAGAUUGAAGAAAUUGCUGCUGAUAAAAUUGAUGAUGUCGAUGAUGAUGAUGAUGGGAUGAGUUAUUGCGAUGUGAGUUUGAUGCUGGAUCAAAUUGAGGAAGACGAAGGUUGGUUCCUUGUGGCAGAAAUGUGAAUUAUUGUUGUGUAUGGUAAUUAUUACAAGUAAUUGUACUUAGAAUUAUAUGUUUAUAUAAUAUUGGAGGAUGAAUUUUUAAAUGCUUCCUCGCAAAUCACUAGUGUGUUUAUUCUCUGUCCAGAUAUAAUAAUAAUUGAAAGUAAUGCAGAAGCCAAUUUCAAACA